AUGCGAACAGCCGGUUUCCUUUCGUUUGUGCUCGCCGCGCUUCCCUGCCUGCGCGUGGCGAGUGCCGGCUGCAGAGUCGUCAGCAGGGGUAUCACGCGAGAUCUGCUCCUGAGAGGCACAGUCAUAACACCCGAAGGCGCACUCCCAAACUACACCGUGCUCGUGCAAUCGGGCAAGGUCACCUACGUAGGCGACAGUUGCGGGCUGGGCACCAGAGCCAGAGACGCCAGCCAUAUCGAAUGCGCAGACUCGGUCAUUUCUCCUGGGUUCAUCAACACGCACGAACACAUCGAGUACUCGACCGUCAGGCCCCUCGCUGACAUUGGGGAACUUGUGGACCACCGCCACGACUGGCGGGUCGGUGCCCGCGGUCACACUCCCCGCUAUGCCCCUGUCAACGGCAGCAAAGUCGAGGCUACCAGAUGGGGUGAGCUGCGCCAUCUCUUCUCCGGCACAACCUCCAUCGUCGGCGGGGCCAUGGUAUCCGGCCUGACGCGGAAUCUGGACUACGUUGCCGGACUAGAAGAUGGACUGGUGGCACCGGUAGCGCUGAAUGACGUGUUUCCUCUCGACGACGCCGAUGGCAUAAUGAGGAAUGGCGACUGCGACUACGGCCCUGAACCUAUGAACCGGGAGACGGCCGGCAAACUGCAUCGUUAUAUUGCCCACAUUGGUGAGGGUCUCGACGCAGAGGCAGCAAACGAGUUUGCAUGUCUGUCCAACAUGACCUUCGAUAACAUGCCAGCUUCAGACGGUGGUGGUCUCAGUACCGAUCUCAUCGCUCCGAACCUAGCCAUCAUUCACGCUCUCGGAUUAAGUACCGCUGACUUCGACCUGGUAGCCGCGCGUGACGCACAGGUCGUCUGGUCACCCCGUAGCAACGUAUUUCUCUACGGCAAGACCCUAAAUGUCACUUACUUGCUCGAAGCCGGCAUUACUGUCGCCCUUGGGACCGACUGGCUUCCUUCAGGUUCGGCAACCAUGGGCAGAGAGGCAGUAUGUGCCGCCUCAUUCACGGAGGAGAGCUACGGCAUGACUCUCGAGCCGAAGACACUCUGGGAGAUGAUGACGCUAAACGCCGCGAAAGUAGCUGGAUUCGAGCAAGACCUUGGCUCCAUCGAGGUUGGCAAACUGGCAGAUAUUGUCGUCUUUGACGGCCAAGCUCAAGGACGGUCAGACAUGAAGCACCAGUCAGAUGCCUUUGCCCAAGCCAUUUUUGCGCCAGCGGAGAACAUUGAGCUUGUUUUACGUGGCGGAAAAUUUAUGCUUGCCAGUAAUGGGCUCAAAAGCUUAUCAACAGAUACUUGCGAGACCCUCGCAUUCGGCAAUGUCAAUAAGACCGCCUGUGUGGCCGACGAAUUAGGGUCCUCGUUCAAGGAGUUUGAGGCUUCACUGCAAGGUGUUUAUCCUGCCAUCCUGCCAGCUGUACCUCCAGAUGAGCCUAGUUGCGAGCUCACGCGGUGUUAUCCAACUACGCAGAAUCAAUGUAGCAUAGAAGACCACUUCACCAUUAACACACAGCAAGUCCUUCAUAGGUGA